CACAAUGUCAUUGUUAUAACACACUACUCACUCUUCUCACUCACUCGCUCACUCUCUCCACUUCUUUCACUUCUCUCCUCUAACUCUUAUCUGAUCUCUUGCUAGCUACCAUGAUGAGCAUGAAGAGCAGCACUAGUACUGCUGCUAAGAAGAAGAAGACGACGAUGAUGCCGAGGGGGUUCAUGUGCCACUCUCAGGCCGCAACCGCGGUGUGCGUCAGCAGCGCCGAUGCAGCUCGGUCAGAUAUCAUUUCAUCAGGUGCCAGAAAUACGAGAAUGAUCAACAACAACUACAAUGCCAGGUACUCAAAGAUCGUCGAGUCACGUAGGUUUGUGAAUCCAGCUGAUCAUGGAAACAAACCGGUCUUGUUGUCUUCCAUGAUCAAGAGAGAGCCGACUCUGAACUACCACCACCACCAUCAUUACUCGAAGCCGAAGAUGUCACUGCAGAAAACACCUUCAGUUCUACCUUCUGCAGAUAAUGUCUUCCAGGUGGUUGUUAUGAGGGUCGCUCUUCAUUGCCAAGGAUGUGCUGGUAAAGUGAAGAAACAUCUUUCUAAAAUGGAAGGGGUUACAUCGUUCAGCAUAGACCUAGAGACAAAGAUGGUAACUGUAAGAGGACACGUGUCACCAGUUGGAGUUGUGGAGAGCAUUUCCAAGGUUAAAAAGGCAGAGUUACUGCCCAGCAGUUGAGUAUGAUCAGCAGGGUUAAAAAAACACCUUACCGCAUAUGGAAGGAAUUAGGUCCAACCUUAUGCAAUUAAAUUCUUUCUGUUUAAUAUUUUGUCGUAUAUCACUUUUGCGUGAAACAAAUUUAAGGUGGUCCUUCCGAAAAAUAAAUUGAUGAAUAGGGUCAUGGGUUGCACAUUUGAUCAUGUAAGCUGUCUUUGAUCAUCUGAGCUGUUGUGACGUUGAUGUAUCAUGCAUGGUUUAACAACUAAUUCAUGGACAAUUCUUGUUUU